ACUCUCAUUUCAUGCAGGAACUUAAUGUGAUACUCAAGACACUGGACGUUAUAUUUCUUUUGAUAUUCGCAUUACUCGGGAAAGAAGUCAGGUUUUCACUGAGCGUUAUCUUUCACUGUUUUGAACAGCAAAGUGAAUAGAUGAAUUCAUGGAUGGUAUGCGCAUUAUUAUAUAUGUUUCUUUGACCGCAACAUGCACUGACUAGUACUGGAUGUGUGUUGCUGCUCUUAUCAGGUUUAGAAGAGCCUGCUAAUUAUGAAGCAAAUACAUCCAGAACUUAUUUGAAGACAGGUCUACUAACCAAUAAAGAACAUCUGCAAGAAUGUCCCUUUACAGGAGUGAUGGAAUGGACAGCUUUGCUUAUCACAGUUCUGACACUCUGGAAAUAGAUAGAGAUUUCCCAGGGAGAAGAUCAACACAUGCAGGUUCAUCUUUUGAUCAGAACUCAUAUGAUUACUACGAAGAAAACAAUGGAAGAGAACACAGAAACUAUUCACAUCCAGAGGUUGUUCCUAUGACAUCAUUUAAACCUGAACCUGCACAAAAUGUGACAUCCUAUUCUAAGCCAUCUGGAGGAAAUGGAAAUGGCGUAUCUAAUCCUGCUUUUGAGGGUGAUGCUCAUAGUGCAUACACUUCAGUCGCAAUCCGCAAUAAUAACAAAAAUGUUGGUGUUACUUUCAGUCCAUUGUCAUCCAAACAAUCAGAAGGCAACAAUACAACACGGAGACGCUUUCAUCCAAAAAGCAGCAUUGCUAUGGGAACCUUAUCACGGACUAGUCUAGCUAGAAUAGGACUAAGUAAUGAAGAACUUGAAGAAGAGGAAGAACAAGAAAAACUGCAGCUUGUUCAAACUAUAGCAGAAAUGUCUACAACAGAAGCAACUAAAGCAAUCAGACAACUUCCUCUGAGCAUGAAAGAAAAACAGGACAUAAGGAAUAGAGUAAAACAAGAAAAAAGUUAUGCAGCAAAGAAGAAACAGAGUCAAGUCUGCACAGACUGCUGUCACAGAACAUCAGUAUCUUUCAGAAGAUUCAAGGAGACUAUGUCAGGAUUUUUUCAAUCAAUGCAACUUUGGCAGAAGACUCUGAAAGUCAUUGGCGGGAAGUUUGGAACUAGCGUUCUAUCUUACUUUACUUUUCUUAAAUGGCUUUUGAUGUUUAAUAUCUUCUCCUUCUUGGUGAACUUCAGUUUCAUCACCAUCCCACAGCUGUUUGACCUACCCCAAAACAACAUGAGUUUCUCUGGCCUAGAACUUCUCACUGGGGCUGGCUAUUUUGAAGAGACGGUGCUAUAUUACGGCUUUUACAAAAAUACCAUGAUUAAAACUACCACAACCAUCCCAUACAACAUGCAGCUGGCUUACAUCUUCACCAUUGGAGUCUACCUAAUAAUCUGUUUCCUAAGCCUUGUGUACAGUAUGUCAAAGUCCUUCCGAGAAAAUUUCAUUAUUGCCAGUGCCUACUCUGGAAAUGCUGCAAAGUUGCUUUAUUCCUGGGACUUUAAUAUAACAAAUGCAAAGGCUGUCAAACUGAAGCACAAAAAUAUGAGUACACAGCUGAAGGAAACCUUAUCAGACAAAACUCAGCAGAAAGUAGAGCGUACCUGUUGUCAGAAAAUCGCUGCUUUUGCCAUUCACUUGGUGGUAUGGAUUGCUUGCAUUGCAAUUGCAGGAGGUUGUUGCGGUGGAGUCUAUUUCCUCUCUGAAUGGAAUGCAAAUAUGUUUCUUAAUGCGAGCAGCACUGUAAGUGACAUUGAACGUCAGGGAAGAACACUGCUGAUGCCUAUCAUUGUAGCCAUCAUCAAUCUGAUAAUUCCCUUGCUGUACUCUUUCUUUGGGCGAAUUGAAAAUUACAGAUACCCUAAACAUGAAAUGUAUGUGCUUAUCAUCAGGAACGUGAUUCUAAAAAUGUCAGUCAUUGCAAUAUUGUGCUUCUACUGGCUUCAUUCAGUUGCCAAAGAAGAAACAGAGUGCUGGGAAUCAUUUGUUGGGCAGGACUUGUACAGAUUAGUGAUCAUUGACUUUAUAUUUUGCCUGUUUGGUUCUUUCUUUGGUGAAUUUCUACUAAGAAUUAUUGGAACCAAAUGCUACAAAAAACUUGGAGUGCCAGAAUUCGAUAUUGCCAGAAAUGUUUUGGAUUUAAUUUAUGCACAGACAUUGGCCUGGAUUGGCAUUUUCUUUGCCCCUCUUCUACCACUUAUUCAAGUACUAAAAAUCUUCAUAUUGUUCUAUGUCAAAAAGAUUAGCUUAAUGAUGAACUGUCAUCCUCCCCGCAGACCUUGGCGAGCUGCCCAGAUGACAACAGUGUUCAUUUUAUUAUUGUUUUUCCCAUCAUUUAUUGGGGUUGUUUCUAUGGUAGCUGUCACCAUCUGGAGAGAAAAGCCAUCAAUUGAUUGUGGCCCUUUCCGAGGACAAGAAACUAUGUAUGAAACCAUAUCAAUAUGGAUUUCUGCUUUAAAGUCCAUGAAGAUUUACUGGGUCAUAUGGAUUUAUGAGAACUUAAUUGAGAGUUCACUUUUCUUCUUUAUUCUGACAAUCAUUAUCCUCAUUAUUGUCUACCUCUACUGGCAGAUUGUCAGUGGAAGAAAAAUGAUGGUCAGAAUCCUACAAGAACAAAUAUCUAAUGAAGGAAUGGAUAAGGCAUUUCUGCUAGAAAAACUCCACACACUUCAGAAGGAAUAUGGAAAACCUGUUACUUUAAAGCAUAAGGCAUCACCAGAUAAAAGAAAGGAAAAGCCAGAAGAUCAGCUAUAUCAUGAAAACAGGCAAACUACAGACUCAGAACUGGCAGGGAAUGCAGAGGAAUCUUCAUGGGGAAACCAGAGAUCGGAUCAGCAGUUUGGAUCAUCACCAUCUAGCUACAGGGAAGAAUCAUUUCUCCAGCACCAAAGACCAGAUCAGCAGUAUGGUUCACCAUCAGUAAGCUACAGAGAUGAGUCUUUCCGAAGAGGUGGAGCACCAUAUAAGCAGUUUGAUUCACCGUCUUCUGGUUACAGAGAAGGAUCUUCUUGGGAAGAUCAAACCUCAGACCUUGAAUUUGGCUCAUCAUCUGCUAAUUACAUUGGAAAAACUUUUCGGGGAAGUAGAAAAGAUUUAUAUAAAGGGAACCAGAAUUUGAAUGACAGUCAAGAGGAUGCCAACUUUUCUCUAAAUGUUCCUACCAAUUCAUUUCAGCACCAGGCAAGUACCAAAUCUAAUGUACUAGCACUUGCUAUGAUGGCACGCCAGAGGGCUGAGAUGGAAGAAGAUGGCUUUAGAUGACAAACUAAAUAAAAACUGAAAUAUGUGCUUGGUUUACAAAUAACAUGGUUUGGAAGCAUUUUUAUUUACCUAUGGAAUGUAAAAUUCAUAUAAAUAGAAGUAUUAAACAAAAUGGUGCAUUCAAGGUGAACUGUUGUUUCAAAAUGUACAUUUUUGGAAGGCAUACAAACACCUAAUGGUCAGAGAUCCUUCCUGUUGAUUUAGAUGAAUGCCAUACAACCAUUUAUAAUUUCUGGUGAGGGCAGAGCUCUGUGCCAAGUGUGAUCACAUACAUGCUUUCUGUAUUAAUUUAAAUCCAAGCCUAUUGACUUUAAUGGUAAUAUAAAAACAGCAAAAAUAAUGUAUUUCAUCUUGUGUAAGUCAUAACAGACUGUAAAACAUAAAUGGCUAAAAAGGUUAGCACAAGAAAGAAUUAUGUAAAAACUGUGGAAAGUGCAGUGUUUGUUGUUGCCAAAGAUAUGCACAACUGGAGUGAACAACAUAGCUAUUAGUCACAAAUGUCAGAUCCCUGUAAAAUACUGCAGGUUUUAUUUCCACUAUUAAGAAGAAGCUUUUUUUGUAACCAAGUUCAUUCCAUCAAAAAUAAUCCAUAAGUGUGAAAUGAAUACUUAUAACGAGACCUCAUCUAAGUAUGUACUGUAAUGUAAGCAAAAGUUGGAUAAAAUAUUUUUAACUGUUGUAAUUUAAAUAAACUAAAAUAAAUCAUAUUUCCAACUAUCGUCUCAA